AUGUCUCGACGCGCAUCCUCGCUUUUAUGGCGAACGCCCGUAGCAGCCUCCAUCAGAGCCAGCACACGCAAAUAUACAUCUCGAAGCCAAAUACCGCCCGCACCAAACCCGACCAACCCUCAAAACCCUCAAAACACUCAAAGCCCUCCCACGAAACGUCCACCACGGCAGUCGCUUGACUCUCCCGCCGUAUUCAGCAGCCUUGUCUCGUAUGCAUCGUCGCCCUCGACGCUCAGCACGGAUUGCCCUGUAGGGUCCAACACCCGCCGUGCCAGAGACUUUUUCAAGGCUGCGAGUUUCCUCUACUCGGCCGCCGAUUUCAAGGACCAUCCGUACAAUGUGCAAGUGCCCGAGGUAGUCAUUCUCGGCUCCUCCAACGUCGGCAAGUCGACCUUUCUCAAUGCGCUGGCCGGCCGACCUGGCAUAGCGCGCACCAGCGCGCGGCCCGGCCACACGACGCUCAUGAAUGCGUACGGUCUCGGCCCCGCGCCGCCGCCUCCGCCGCCGUCUUCUCCCCCCGACAGCACGACGACGGCGACGACAACACCUCCUCCUCCUCCUUCUUCGCCAUCGCCGCAGCACAGCCUCAUCGUCGUCGACACGCCGGGCUACGGCUUCCGCAGCCAGGCGACAUGGGGCGAGACCGUGGUGCGCUACCUCGGAUCGCGCAAGGCCCUUCGCGGCGCCGUUGUUCUCGUCUCGGCGGAGAAGCGGCUCACGCCCGGCGAUCGCUGGGUGCUCGAGGCGCUGGCCGACGCCGACGUGCGCACGCUCGUCGUCGUGACCAAGGCGGACAAGGCGGACAAGGCGGCGGCGCGCCGCGACAAACAGGGCGGGUUCUGGGCGGGGCCGUGCGCAGCCAAGGCCGAGGAGAUGCGGGAGGAGAUGCGCCGCGUGGAGAGGGGCGCGGGUACGGGCUGGAAGGAGGGCGCGGGCUGGUCGUCGGACGUGUUCGUGACGGCGGCGGGAUGCCUGCCGCCGGGCAAGAAGGCGUCCAAAAGGACGCGCGAUGCGGGCGACUGUGUGGUUGCGCAUGACAUGAGCGACAAGGCGGGCAUGGGCGCCGUGCGAGCGGCGAUUCUGGAAAUGGUUGGGCUCGCGGUGAAAGAUAAUGGUGCUGACCAGCAGCCCCAAAACAUUUCCUACACCGGCAAGAUUGUAUCCUUUGACGACAUUGUAUGGAAAUCUUGA